ACUUAUAAUAUGUCGCCCACUGAACGUGAACACAAACAAAAGGAACCAAAGUUUACUAGAGGCGAAAAAUGUAUUUUUACUCACAUAGUUAUCACUUUUAUAUUAAUUCUAAUACUCGUAAUCAUAUAUUUUGUCCAUUUGUGCUUAGUUUCACAUAAAGGAAAUGACAUAUUUAAAGUUACUCGGAGGCAGCACACGUCAGUGAAAGAAAAUACUAUGAAUGAUUACAGAGGGUUAGGUCUUGUGUUUUUAAAAAAACCUUUAAGAGCCCUAUGUAAUGCCAUCCUGGUUCAGAAACGGUGGUCAAUCGCGCCUGGGUUCUGCGUAUCAGCCAGGUCAGACCCACAUCUGUCUGAAAUGCUGCCUUUCUGGACAAUCAAGUAUCGGACUGAUGGAGACAAAGCUGAAUCAGGAAUUAUACGUACCAUAGUUCAUUCUCAAUUCAAUAAUGAUGAUUUGAACAAUAAUAUUGGGCUGUUUGAACACGAUGCAUUUUCUGACUUACCAUUACUCGCAUUUGCCACUAUUCCCGAUAUCAGUUCCGAAGACGAGCAGAUUUCUGACCAAAUGGGCAUCGCUAGCUGGAAUUUUAUAUCGAAUCCACAAGUUAUGCAUAAUGAUGUGAUAAUAAAAACGGAGAUUGUGGGCCGUACGUCGACGGAAGACUGCAAGAUGCACGUGACUCCUAUAACGGAUCUGCGUGAUCAUGAAUUUUGCGUGGUGGUGGGCAAAGAAAAUGAUGUAGUUCUCGUGCAUGGUGCUCUCCUGCUAUACGCAAAUUCUAGCGUUGUUGGAUAUUUCUCAUGGGGAUCGAAACAACCAGGCGAAACACCAAUCGUAAUCCUUAAUGUUACUUAUUUUCACGAUUGGAUAGAAUAUAUUACAACAUAGGUAGAUUGUUUAAUUAAAAUAUAUGUUAACAUUACAUAUUAUAAUUUCUGUUUUUUUUUUUCAUAACUACUAAACAUUGUAAUAUUUAUUAAUUAAAUGCACAACUCAUAAG